UCUCUUGAUUGUUUUGGACUCAGCCCGCAGUGCUGACAAGGGUGAAAUAUUUCACAACGUUUGCAUCCAUUCACAUGGUUACCAGGCCAACAGCAACGAAAACAAAAGAGAUAUAACAUUUUAUGAUAAAAAAUAAUUAAAAAAUCCGAAUCGACCAAACUGUUUGUAUUUCUUUGAAAAAAAAUGUUAUAAUCGGUUGUGAACGCUCUACCUAUGCCGACCAUAUCAGUAUCUCAUACACGGACAACAGGUCAGCUUGGAAAUAGAUGACGGAAGUCAGUGGCAUCCAUUGGAGUUCGAAUUCAACUUGUAACUCUUCCAGACUUUUGAACGGAGGCCCGCAGGGCCGAGUGUCAUAUACCAUUCGAUCCGGUUCGUCAAGAUCACAAAAUGUCUGUGUAAUUUGUAUCACUUACAAACCGCCUACAAUGAAUAAUCAGAAGAAAUCUUCACGAUCUACUACAUCGACAAUAAAGACAAACUCGCUCAGACAAAAUAGGAAAGAGAAUACAUUACAACAGAAAUCUAAUCAACUGAAUAAGAAACCAAUAUCAAUUCCAAAUGAACUACAUAAAGAUGACAAAUUCAACCGCUCCAGUCGUGAUACCUUGCUUAAUAAAGAUAAAAAUAUAUCCAAAGAUGCUAGUGCAACAAGAAGAACAUUCAAAACUACCAAACAACAGAAUUUUACGAUAGCUUCUCCUCCAAUCUCACGAAAACUUGAAGGAACGAGGACACAGAAACUAAAAACUAUCGAAGCCCGUGAAAGAACCCGUACUAGAACACUGAAGCCGGAAGAAAUUAUAAUUGGUGAAAAUGUACCCAAAAUUCCCGAUGAUUUAAUCAAUACUAAAAUUAAUUCUGUCAACUUCUCCUCCAUACCCAUGCAAGAAAACAUGUCGAAUACAUCAACAAGUGAGGAGCUAAAUAAUCACGAUGGUGAUAAUAUUGGUGAUGACUACGAAUCCGAAUUUGAGUCUUAUGAAUCUGAUUUUGAAUCUGAUUCCUCGAAACAUUCUGCAAACUCUCCGAUGAUCUCAGAACCAUCGAAUGAAAUAAAUUCACGAUCAACUUCCUCGAGCUCAAACACUGACACUCAGUUCUGUUUUGAGACGGAAGUAGAAGAUAUCAAAUUUACUUGUGAGAGAAAGCUUGAUUCGGGAAACUAUGAUAUAAAAAUGAAACAAGCGCUAAUGUUAAACGAGAAUCUUGAUCUGAAUUAUACGCUUAAACAAAACAUUAACCAACCUGAUUCAGGACUGAAUAGCGGUCUGUUUGAUAUUGCGUUCAACGGUGAGAAAUUUCUUCUGAGACGGUAUGCUGAUAUUCUAGAUAGAGUUUCAUUCAACACAAUGCAUUUUGAUUUUUUCGAAACUCGACCUGUUUCGUACGAGUAUUUUGUUGGAAAUUAUGGAAAAUCUAGAAGAAUACAAAAUCAUACUCAAACGGAAACUGAAGUCAUGUUGGCUAGCACACAAACAGAACCAAUUUAUUAUAAAUCCUGUUGGGUACAAAAUCCUCCACGAUUUUCCAAAGAAAUCCUGCUGAGCUUAGAAAUCAACCAUAAUGGAUACGCGGAAGAAAAAUUAGGUGUUGGACAAGAGAGUUUCCAUAUUGUAAAUCAAAUCAUUAUUCAAGAUGAUAGUUUUAAUGAGUUUAUUCGAAAACUUGAAUUAAAACAUGAUAAACAUGCCAUUAGACACAAGUUUAAACAUGUCACUAAAUCUGAAAUGAAUAAAUUACGAUUAUUUUUACAAAAAUCGUACAUUUUUGUGAAAACCGCUUUAAACAGAAAUUUUAGCAAAACACAUAAAAAUCACAACAAAGGAACGAUCAAUUUAAACAAUUAUGCAUCAUUAAGUAAUUGCAUUACACUAUCUGCAUAUAUGGAUUCAGAUCAUCAUGACAGACUUGCUACUAUACAUGAGUGUUAUGGUGAAACCGGAUAUCAUCAGUACGCAGUCUGCAUUUGGAAUAAAAGAUACUUCAACCAACCUGAGUGUGUACUGACUUGUUGGGAAAAUGUUGUAUGCUCAGAGCGAGUAGGACAGAUAUAUAUUGGUGGAACUUCGCAUGGCACAUUAUGCCUUUGGAAUAUUGAAAAAUGUGAUUCAGAAAUAAUGCCAUUUCAAAUCACUAGUCCAGCCGUAUCUACAGUCACAGAUUGCGGGGGAGUCAUAGCAAUAAAAUCACUAGACCACACAAAUAGGUGCAAAACCCAUAUAAUGGGUUUCCAGAUACUAACUCUUUUUGAAACAGGUUUACUUGUAACAUGGACAUUAUCAUUAAGAGAUCAACAUAUGAAUUUUAAAGAUCAGGAAAAUCUCAACACAGUUUUUUAUCAUGCAAACCAUCUACUCUUUCAACAAAAUUUCAUUAGUUUACAUAAACUGUCACUCAGAGACGCUAGAUUACAAAAUCCAUCGCAUUACUUCAAGAUGGGUUACCAGAAUGAAACAAUACGUGUUGUUUCUAAUAAGAGCAAAAUGGCACCGUGUUUUCCAAAAGUGUCUUUCAGUAACUUGUUUAUUUACGGAAAUAAAGCUAUCAUUUCGUCGCAUGACCAGAUAUUGAUAGUGAAUCAUCUUGAACAAAAAAUUACAACGAUUUUAAAGAGUGAAUAUUCUAUUCGAAACGUCAUGCAGCACACAGCGCAAAAAGAAUAUGUUUUUAUAACCUCACCCCAAAAUAUGAUAAAAAUUAAAAAAAUUAUCGCCAUUGACAACAAAAUACGGGCUAAAACCAUAGUGCAAUGUAAUGGCAUAAAACAGCAAAGCUUACAUAACAGCCACAAGAUAAAAUCCUCGAUAAGCAUAGAAAAGUCCUGCGCUAUUCAGAACAUUGUAAAAAGUGAAAGACAGUUUUUUCUCGGGACGAGUGGUCAUCAGGAUAACUCCUUUCAUACAUUGGGCAGUUAUUCAUUAAAAUCGCCUACUACGGUCGACACAUCGCUUGGAAGUUCACAAAUACAAUUUUACCACAAUAAAAUUUUAUCCCUUAAACACUUGAGCUACAGAGAUUCGUCAGUGUUUUUCUUAAAUCAAGGGAACAUUCUCGGGAUUGUUACCGAGAACAGUGUAAAACUGAUUGACCUAAAAACUAAACAAAAAGGGUUUCUCAACAAGUACAUCAAAAUAGAUCUAGCUAAUCACAGGUUGAUUGCGGCUUCGAACAAAGAGAUACUUACCGCUUGUGGAAAGGAGAUACGCCUAAUUGAUAUAUCAUCUCAUAGUAUAUUAUGAAAUAGCAAGAUAUAAUUAUCUCAUCAUCUAGAAGAUGUCGAACAUUAUACCAAAUACAAAUAAUAAUACCCCUAGGUCCCAUACAAACGGAUCGUUAUUAUUUGGUUCAUCAAAUCAUCACGUUGACCUAGCCCAUUCCUCUGUUUUAUCGAAACAGAGUAUAAUGUCGUUUUCGUUUUUAAAUUGCACUACACCGGUGUAGCGAAAGCUGCACCUAAACCGUUCGUUUUUACCAAUUGCACUACACCAGUGCUACACUUUUUCUGCACCGAUACCAAUGGUGUAGCACUCAUCAAAAGUUUGGUGUAGCUCUGUGCAAUGGAAUCGGUAAUUGUAGUCAAUGGUUACUGUUUAUGUUUUCGUCAUUUUUGUUCGUUUAUUCAUGUCUCAGUGUAGCACUGCACCGGUGUAGUGCAAAUUAAAAACGAAAACGCCAUAAAUCAAAAAAUAUAUCAUAUCUGGCAACGCAACAUUGAGGUUGCUACAAGACGGAAAUAGUUCGUUUGUUGUUUUCCACUCUUUUACUGACGUACCUACCAACUCAUAUUACACACUUCAUACGGUUGGAAACGAAGUAUACCUAAACAACCUAUCUGAGACCACAAUUCUUGUAACGUCUUCUAGUGGUGUCUCUGAUGAAUGAAAAAGUAAUACUUGC